GCCUCGUCAGCGAUCGUGUCAGCCAUUUUCUUUCUUAAUCCGACGCUCAUGAUUAAGUAUUCGCCUCAUGUUUAGUUGGUUGAGAAGUUGUAUACGUGAAUGCUACGUCGUUUGCUACCUGAUACUACGUGUCCACGUCGGAUGGUUCGGUCCAGCCGGAUGCCAAGGUUUACGAGCAGCUAGUAGCAACAAGCGUCGUAAUUGUCGCAGUGGAAAGGAGCUGCAAUUCUUGGUCGUCGAUAUCCGGAGCCGGCAAGAGCGCAGCGGCAUCUCCGUAACCCAAUGCUCCGCAACAGCUUGCAGUAGAAGUCUCGCGGUAAUUCACAUCUCACGACCAGGAAGGACAACUACUAGUCCAUCAACGACUACGAGCACUACGACGAUGGCUGUGAAUAUUAGGACGACUGCGAUCCCUGAUAAUGCCCACGCCACGGUGAAGACCAGAAGCACGACCAGAGCGACAAGUGCGACUGCGACUACAAGUGCAACUGUGACCACGAGUGCAACUGUGACUACAAGUGCAACUGCGACUACAAGUGCAACUGCGGCUACAAGUGCAACUGUGACUACGACAAGUGCAACAGAGACUACGACAAGUGCAACAGAGACUACGACAAGUGCAACAGCGGCUACGACAAAUGCAACUACGAGCACACCAGCAGUGACGCCACUUUUCAUGACAAAACCUCCACUCGUGUGUCACUUGGUGUCUCCAGUCUACGCCACCAACAUAUCCGACCACUUUUCCCUGUUGUCUCAAGCACUUCCAAGUCCGGGAGUGUGCGACUACGUUGUACUAGACCUUCCAUUAUUGUCGAACGGAACCUACCCCUACGACUCGUACAAGUUCUUGCCGAACGGGACGGGAUACAAGUUCCUCUUCGCCAUCAGCCUAGUCCAGGUUGACUUCAGAGGGACACAACGCACACUGGGCUCCCAGAACUUCAAGGACACCGUGCGCACGAUCCGACAGCACCGAGCGCUGCCGCUGUGCGGCUUCGGUAUCCUCAGGGAUCUGCCCAUCCCGAGCAGUGUGGCGCUCGCGGCGAGCACGUUGGGACCACUGAGUGGAAUCUAUCAGGUGUUGAGCAACGCUCUGAGAACCGAGGGCGUACGUCCCAACGAAGUCCGUAACUUCAUAGCCUUCAAGCCGUCCAGUCUCACAAUACGACGGGGCGUCUACGAGGGCCUUCUCAGCGCCAUUAACCGCAUCUCCUCCAUCAGCCUUGUUUUCAUCGUCACGUUGACGGACGAACAAACGAAGUACGUCUUACCGUCGUCGGCCUGGGGAGACGCCUGCUGGCCGAUGUCGAGCGAAAUCAAAAUGAUGGACGCCGUAGAUCUGAUAGCCAGCGUCUCGGCGCCGAACGUAAUCUUCACCUUGACGCUCAGUCUACGCAUUGACACAUUCGCUCACGUGCUAAUGCCUGACAUAGGCACUAGUGACGUCGGCCUCGUCCUCUCCUACAAUCACUCGGCUGGCUAUUACGACAAGGGAUGCAAAGACUCCUUCCAGCACGACUCGAGAGGCACAUCUGCAGUGUACUUCGGUGGAGGUGACUGCAUGUUUGCCCCGAAGCAUGGCAGCCCCCCCAGCGUGGUGUCCUUUGAAACGCCACAGACGGUGCGACACAAGAUGGUCGCCGCCUACCGCCACCUGGGGUACGCGAAAACCAGCCAGUACGUCAUAGGGUGGAGCGUUUACAACGUCACUCACGGAAUGGCGCCUAAAUUGUGCAACGGGACCAACAACCGGAUCAAUGAAAUCCGCAAAGUGAUCGACGACAACAAAUAACCGGCGCCCGGGGACUUCGUGGGUCGGCUUUGGGAUUUUGUGCUUCAGAAAGCGGCUGCCUGUCCACGGCUUCAACGAGGGACAGUUUUCAGCCAAAAGCUGCUUUUGAAAAACACCGCAUCUCCUUGGGGGAGCAGAUCACUUGUUUUACGUCCUUGGUUCGACGUUUAUACGGUUAUAAUUGAGCGUCAGUAAAGAAAUAUGAACACACGCGUCAAUAAAAUCCUAAGAAAUGUG